UUGUUCCAGGGAGUUACAUCCCAAACGAUGUUGAUUGCAUUUGAAACACACCGAAUACAAUAGUUUCCUAAAAACUCUUUUUGCUUAGAUCUUGUGGAAGGCGUACAUCGAUUUCGAGAUCAAUGCAGAAGAGUAUGAGAAAGCUCGUGACUUGUAUGAGGCGCUGUUACAGCGAACGAAUCACAUCAAGGUCUGGAUCUCUCUCGCGGAGUUUGAGCUAUCUAUAGGAAAUGUGGAAGGCACUAGAAAAGUUUACGAUCGUGCCAACAGAGCUCUGGAGAAUGCGGAGAAGGAGGAGCGUCUGAUGUUGUUAGAGGCCUGGCUUGAAGCUGAAAAGAAGAUUGGAGAUAUCAAUGCAAUCCACAAAGUUGAAAAUAUGAUGCCACGGCGUGUAAAGAAGCGAAGGCAAAUCCAAACAGAGGAUGGUGUGGAUGCUGGAUGGGAAGAGUACUAUGACUACAUCUUCCCGCAAGAUCAAGGCAAGUCUCCCACAUCAGAUAAGGAGGGUGUUUUUGAUCGUAGUUGCUGUUACACCGCCAAGGGAUCCUUCAAAUUAUUAGAGGCAGCAGCUCGAUGGAAGCAACAGAGAGAGCAAAUGGCUAAGGAAGCCCAAUCUGUAACAGACGAUAGAGACCUGGAAAGAGGAGCGGGAGACGAGUCCGAUGAAGAAAGGCCUGAUAAAGUCCGGGAAGGCGACAGUGACACGGACAUUGGUAGCAGUUCAGACUCGGACUCCGAAAGUUCCGACACGAGUACUGGUUCUGACGGCUCAGCCUAA